AAACUUUGAAAACCCAGUUUGCUGCUUAAAAUAACAGUUCGCGUACCGCAGGAUCGGGAUCGGCCAUGUUGAAGUGUCUAAGCCAUCUUGUUACUGGAUCGGUAUUUCAAGUUAAUAGCGUACUGUUUCGGAGAUUAUUAUUUUAGAUAAAAAUCAACUGGCACAUAAUAGAUUCACAGUCACAUACAUAGCGUUUGGUCCAAUUAUAAUAAGUGACAUUGUAUUAUUUAACUCAUAUUUAAAAACCAUUUUGUGUAAGUCCUCAUGCAGAUGGGUUGGCUUGCAUUGUCUCUUUGUUCUUGAACUUGGCUGAAUCCACUAGCACUGUCUGGUUCUUGCUUUGCCCCGCUUCAAAUUCUGCAAUUUCAGUCUUUUCAGAUCUGUCAUUCUCUCCACAUUAGGUUUCCCAGUUCCCCUCCUUUCUGUUGAAAUUCUAGUCCUUUUCCUUCAUGAUUUCAUCACCCUCACCAAUUUUAGUCUCUCACUUUCAACUGCAAAAUCUUUUCUUGUCACCUUGCCUCACCAAACCAAGACCUUUCUGCUCCUUACCUGCUUCCUUCUUACUUUACCCACUCCUCAUCACAUUUCUGGAAAGUUCUUGAAUAUACCGAAUUUAACGGUUGAAUGUGCGCUGAAGAAUCCAGCGGAGUUUAACGGAUGAACCUGAGCCACAGAGCAACUUGGACUAAUUAGCUUUUCUGGGUUAAUCUCGUUUUCUUCAAAAAAAAUGAACAACUUCUGGGUUCCUAUCUGUUUCUUUCUUCUCACUCUAUCCAUCUCCUCUCAAAUCUCAACCGCUCAGCUCAGUCCAAGCGAGUUUCGAAUCCUCUUCCAAGUGCAAAAGCUUCUCGAAUACCCCGAACCUCUUCAGGGAUGGACGAACUGGACCAACUUCUGCUUCCUCCCUUCCUCCCCCUCCCUCCGGAUCGUCUGCACAAACAACCGCCUAACCGAAUUAACCGUCACCGGAAACAAAACUAAAACCUCCCCUCCAACACAGGUCACUCUGUCCAAUUCCUUCUCCAUCGACUCCUUCUUCACCGUCCUCACCAAGCUCUCCAACCUCAAAUCCCUCUCAUUGGUCUCCCUCGGCCUGUGGGGCCCGCUGCCAUCGAAGAUCAACCGGUUGUGGUCGCUAGAAACGCUCAACCUCAGCUCGAACUCCAUCUCCGGCGAGAUACCGGCUUCCCUCAGCUCGAUCAAGAAUCUGACGAGCAUAAAUUUGGCUGACAAUCUCCACAACGGAAGCGUUCCGGAUCUCAGACCUCUAACAUUUCUCCAAGAAAUCAACCUCGGAAACAACAAACUGGGUCCUGGAUUUCCCUCGUUGGGAGACAGUAUUCAAAUCAUCGUUCUCAGAAACAACUCCAUGAGAUCUGAUAUUCCGGCAGGACUGAAGAAUUUCGAUCAGCUGACGAAACUAGACAUCUCCUACAACAAAUUUGUGGGUCCCGUCCCAUCUUUCCUCCUCUCGCUGCCCUCCAUCCAGUUCAUCAAUGUUUCCAAGAACAAGCUCAGUGGUGCCCUGUCAUCCAACGCAACCUGCGGUAAAAACCUCAUAGUUUUGGACAUUUCCCAGAAUUUUCUGAUUGGGAAGCUGCCCACCUGCGUCGGAUCGAACUCGAAGGCUUCGAACAGGACGGUUCUGGAUUCGUGGAACUGUUUGUCGGGUGGGAUCUCGAAGUACCAGCAUCCGUAUGCCUUUUGCCACAAGGAAGCUCUGGCCGUGAAGCCGCCGGUUGAAACUGCAGGGAAGAAGGAGGAGAACAGGAUAAAGCUAGGUGUGUUGCUGGGUAUGAUUGGUGGCAUUGUGGGUGUUGCUGGUGUUGUUGGGUUGCUGGUUUUGGUUAUCAUCAAAAGGGCAGGGAAGAGGGAGGCAGAGGAUCGAUUUGACAGAUCCAUGGCGGAGAAAACCUCUGUCAGAAGCUCCCCAAAGCACAAUAUUAAUGCAAGGCGUGUGCCGCAGAUGAUGAGGCUGCCAACACUCGGGCUCCCUCCUUAUCGUGGUUUCACACUCGAAGAAAUCGAUGAUGCAACGAACAACUUCGACGCUGCAAAUUUGAUGGCGGAAGGAUCUCAUGGACAGGUGUACAAAGGUUGGCUGAGAGAUGGUUCACAGGUGCAAGUGAGAUGUGUGAAGCUAAAGCAGAAGCAGUUGCCACAAAACUUGAACCAGAGCAUGGAAGGCUUGUCAAAGAUGAGGCAUAGGCAUUUGGUCAGCCUUAUAGGACACUGCACUGUCACGUACCAGGACCAUCCCACCGCAUCUAGCACGGUAUUUAUUGUUCUCGAGAACAUCACCAACGGGUCGCUGAUAGACCAUCUCACUGAUUGGAGAAAGAAGGAAUGGAUGAAAUGGCCGCAGAGAAUGGCGGUUACCAUUGGCAUUGCGAGGGGAGUCCAGUUCUUGCACACCGGCGUGGCUCCCGGGAUCUUUGGAAACAAUUUGAAGAUAGAGAACAUAUUGUUGGAUGAGAGUGUUUCUGCCAAAAUCAGUAACUACAAUCUUCCGUUACCAUUUCAGGUUGGUUCAGAGGAUCCUCUUAAUGGACAAGGGAUUAGCAGUAAUUCCCAUCUAAACAGCGCCGAAGCCGAGAAGGAGGAUAUUUACCAGCUGGGCAUUAUUCUGCUUCAAGUUCUUACUGGUAGAUUGAUUAAAUCAGCUACUGAAUUGGAUGAGCUUAGAGUUCAGUUAGAAAAUGGCUUGAUUGAAGGGCCAUCGACACUACGAGAAAUCGUAGAUUCGUCGAUGAUGGGAAGUUUUGCGUACCAGUCACUGAAGACGGCAGUUGAAAUCACAGUCAAUUGUUUGUGCAGAGAUCCAAGCAAGCGUCCUUCGAUAGAUAAUGUUCUUUGGAAUUUGCAGUAUUCGAUUCAAGUUCAAGAGGGAUGGACUAGCAGUGGAAACCUCAGCGCACAAAUGUAGUAGUUCUUUCGUCAGAUUUACAGUUUUACUUGUUACUUGUUAAACAAGGUAUAUGAAUAAAUGAAAGGCUAUACAAUUCAACUAGAGUUCCUUGUUUUGCUUUUUUUUUUUUUUGGACAAAUAUAGAUGUUAGCUUAGCCACCAACAAAGUUCAAACUCAUGUUGUUAUGCAAGAACUCAACUGUAACAACCACGAAUAUGAAUUGAUGGUACAAAACAUCCCCCGUGUUGGUCACGCGACAGAUGAUGUGACAGGCAAAUGCAUACAACAGUUGCACAUCAAUUUCGUUCAAUCCUUGCCCCAAACUACACAAUAUCAUAAAACAAAAUUAAAUGCAGUUUUAGAUGGAAGAAAACUGCAGGGCAGGUGGUCCGACAUACUAGAUAUACGAGGCCUAAACGCCACUGAAUAAAAAGACCCAAGCAAAAUAUUUCACAAUACCCGAAGGGAUGUGCUAUACACACAACGCAUUUUACUUCUCACACAUCCCUUGAUAAUUUAUAUCCGUUGAUCUUUUUCAAUUCAUCCGAUCCUACGGCCAAAAAUUAAAAAGGUGUGUGAGCAAUAAAAUAAGGUGUGGAUAUCACACCCCUACCCAAAAGUCGGUCCUUCACAACACAAAAGGUUUUCAAGUUUCAAAGUUAUUUAAACAUUGGCUGAUUCAACUGAUUUUCGAAAGCUCUCCAUCAGGAGUUAGCUUGUUAAUCGGCAGUCCAACUCUGCUCAACAAUCUCGCGGACUCUCCUAUUGUAUUCACGCUUGUUCUCGCUAAACAUCCGUGCAGCUUCUGAAUUUGCUGGAGAGUUUGGGUUUGGAUCACACAGCAAAGACUGCAAUAAGAAAAAAAAAUAUCUUAGG